CGCCAGGGAACAGACAGAACUGCCGGUCUAAUCUCCUGGUGAGGAGGGCGACAGGGGAAUGAUGGGUACCAGGCACCGAGGGCUCGGACGCACUCAGGCAGGGCUACGAGGCGUUAUCGGCAGUGUGGGAAAGCAUGGAGCACCCGAGCAACUCCCAGGGAAGAAGUGAACACAACGGCAGGGACAGCGACACGACCCUCCGACCCACCCCGGAGGAACGAACUCUUCCCCGGGCGCAGUGCUGUUAGGAGGCGUGGGCGCGCCGAGCUGGAAGAAAGAAGGGACUCAAUAGUGUCGGAGCUCUUAGCCUGUUUGUCUUGGACUGGGACUGCACCGGGAGAGAAGACAGACGGACAAGACAAGACAAGACAGACAGACGUUCCACCAUGAGACGUUAGCGACGACCAUCCGUCUAGGCUACCGCCCCGGCACACAACGCACACAGCCACGUCGGACAUCCAGAGCGAAGUCUUCGCAAUGAGUCGCUAAAUUCCUGCUCUCGGAGAGGAGGAGAAGAGGAGGAGAGGAGGAGGAGGAGGAGAGGAGGGCAGCAGAGAGUUUCAUUCAUCUAUCGUCGUGUGUGUGUGUGUGUGUGUGUGUGUGUGAGAUGGACCGAGUUCCAGCCGUGCUGGCCGUUAAGAUGCGGUGGAUAAUGUUGUUAGUAGUGGGUCUAACGGUCUGGACUACUCUGUCUCACUGCUUCGACUAUGAAGAACCCAGUUUUUACUAUUACAGCGAAGAAGACAGAACGGACAAUAUAGACUACAAAGACCCGUGUAAAGCCGUUGCAUUUUGGGGAGACAUCGCGUUGGACGAGGAGGAUCUGAGGAUGUUUCAGAUCGACAGGACAAUAGACCUGACGCAGCACACACACACUCACACACACACUCACACACACACUCACACACACUCCAGGCAAGGACAAACCACUGACUAUAGUCCUAUGAACUCCAGUCAUGAAUCAGCCUCCGGUCCCAGGACCCAGACUGGGAAAACUACUGCUGGACAGACUGGGAAGGCUGGGAAAGCCAUAAAGAGUGGGAAUACGGUGAACUCGGCUAGAUUCGGGAAAACCUGGAGCGUUGUUGUGAAGAAUCGUGUUCCUAGAGCUGCAACCUCCCGAGCUGAGAGGAUCUGGCCAGGAGGUGUCAUACCUUACAUCAUAGGAGGAAACUUCACUGGCAGUCAGAGAGCGAUGUUCAAGCAGGCGAUGCGUCACUGGGAGAAACUGACCUGCGUGACCUUCACAGAGAAGAAUGAAGAGGAGAGUUACAUCGUUUUCACAUACAGACCCUGUGGCUGUUGCUCCUACGUGGGUCGUCGUGGUAACGGUCCUCAGGCGAUAUCGAUAGGGAAGAACUGUGAUAAGUUUGGCAUCGUGGUCCAUGAGUUGGGUCAUGUGAUCGGGUUCUGGCAUGAACACACCCGGCCCGACCGAGACGAUCACGUGACCAUCAUCAGAGACAACAUACAACCAGGUCAGGAGUAUAACUUCCUGAAGAUGGAACCAGGAGAGGUGAACUCACUGGGAGAGGCUUACGACUUCGACAGCAUCAUGCAUUAUGCUAGGAACACCUUCUCACGAGGUAUGUUUCUAGACACCAUCCUCCCAUCUAGAGAUGAGAAUGGUAUCCGUCCUGCCAUUGGCCAGAGGACCAGACUCAGUAAAGGAGACAUCACUCAGGCCAGCAAGCUCUACAGAUGCCCCG